CAACACUCAGUCUGCCCUUAAACCUCCAACACUGUGUUCUUAUCUCGGUUUUUCCUGGUUUAUUCGCAUUAAUUUACUCAUUAUUGAGUAUUUGUGUGUCAUUGUACUUACAAGAAACAUUGUAUAUAUGAGUGGUGUUGUCUGGAUAAUGAUAACCCGGAUAAUUGAUGGUUUAUGUUAAGUUAACCAAGUUGAUGCCCACUCACUCAGGGUGAUGCUGGCUGACACAGCUGACGCUGGCUGACACUGGUGACGCUGGCUGACACUGGUGCAGAGUGAUGGCGUCAGCAGCUACCAGCUUGUGUGGGCUUCAUACGCCGGCUGGUGAUAUUCCUUUCGCUGACGCCGACCCUCCUGAAACAAAUGCCCCGCCCACGCCCACUCUCACCACCCACACUUACUGUGGUCCGAGGGCGGGGGCAUCCAGAGCAGUGGGUGGGACAGGCCCAGUGUAUUACAACACUGCCCACACAUCACCCAUACCAACCCCACAUACAGCUAACACCAGAUGUGUUUACUCCAAACCAUUACCAGCAGCAACAGUCAGCUUGGCCACCACACCAGCAGCAGCAUCAACAGUCAGCUUGACUACCACGCCCGCGCUCACACGCCACCAUAGUUACGGUGGUCUGGCGGUAGUGGAAGGCGCGGGUGGGGCGGUGAGGGUGGCCACAGACCGCCCACAUUUGGUCUCAAUGGGCAGUGGGCGCCUCUCCACAGCCAUCACUCUACACACUAUCAACGAGGGACGCACGGUGGUGGGUGCGGGCGGGAUGGGCGUGGUGCCUGACAUCGUUGUGAUGGGAGCGGGCGUGGAGGCCGAACACUGCAUCCUCCACAACGUGGGCGGCGUGGUCACCCUCACGCCCAUAGCCACAGGUGUUACCAUUGAUGGUGUCAAGACAACUACCACCACACGACUCACGCAAGGUUGUAUGAUAUCCCUGGGAAGGAGUAACUACUUCCGGUUCAACCAUCCAGUAGAGGCACAGCAGAUGAGAGCCAUCCUGCCCAGCACCAGGAUCAACAUGGUGCCUCUCAACUUCUCUCCUGCUGUGGACAAUCCAGAAUACUUCCACAUGUCACGGGAAACUUGUGUCGCCACCACUGAUGCCGGCGGUGAGGAGACAACCUCAGAGGAGACCAAGCCACCUGUGCCCCCCCGCAAAGUACCACCUGCACCAUUACAUCUCCCAGCUGGUCACUCUGACACUCAGGAGUAUGUGGAUAAGGUGUCAAGGUUUGAUGUGUCACACCAUCAGGAGUCUCCACAGAUGUUAGAGAGUCCACGAUGGGGUGUCACCGACAGCUCUGGGUUUUCUUGCAAUAACAACAGUGAUAGUGACUCUGAUACACCUCCUGAAGUUCCUCCCCGCUCUGAGGCUUCAAUGCGGCCCUUCUCUUCCUCGCCCUCACCUAAUGGAACUGCUGGAAGGACCAUACCUCGCUAUUUUGGCGAGUAUAUCUACACCAAGAAUGACAUGGCUCCACCACCAUUGGCUCCUCGUGUGCCUGUCACUUCUCGCUGGAGUCCUGGCAGCUUGAUAGUCUCCAGUACAGACUUUACAGGAGUAACUGGAGGUGUGUCCACUGUGGUCUCACCCUCUGGGAUGACCUCCGUCCACAACAUUAUGUAUCGGUCUCUACCACCUCCUCCCAGCUCUAUCAGCAGCAAUGAUGCAGUAUCUCCUCCAGUGAAUCAUGCUCCACACACACCAGUCACUCUUCCAAACAAAGUUUCGUCUCCGCCAUCAGUUCCUCUGUCAUCCACAUUAUCGACUUCUGCUCAAGCAACACCAACAACUACUGCCACCUCACCAAUAACAAUCCAGUCAGUCAAUCUGCCAGUCACAAAAACAUCUACACUACCACCCACAUCACGUCAGUCGAGCCACCGACGGACACCGUCAGGUGGCUCAGGUGUGGGGUCAUUCUCAAUGACAGGGUCCUGGACACCUGGUAUGGUUGUGGCAGGUGUUGCAUUAAGCAGGGAUGGUGGCAGGACUCCUACACGCUGCUCCCUCGAGGAUCUCAGACACAGUGAACUUCGAAAACAACAGGCAGUGGAAGAGAGGCUGAAGGAGCAGGAGGCGGCGGCAGCAGAGAAAGCCAGACUGGAGGAGAUCUUGACUCUGUGCGCCGAGUAUGAACGUCAACACCAGACUGGUACACCAUCACCAAGACCAGUCAUCUCCCCUCACUAUACCAUCACUCAGAACAGGAUCAAGACAAACGGUUCACUUCCUCGUGAGAAGCGAGUUCCUUCAUCACCAUCAGCACUGUCGUCUACACCUGCUUCACCUGCUUCACCUUCUUCACUCACCUCACCCACUGCAGGUGUCACCUUCAGGGCUCGCACCACCUCUGAGGAUGAGCUUAAUGCCAUAUUUAGUUUUGACCAGCCGGACUUAGCUAGUCCAGUCCAGCGGACAGCUUCCCUCACCAGAAGUGGGACAUUGCCAAAUUAUCCUCCAUUCCCGAACACAGGACCAUUGCAAGUCCCAUCACUCACCACAAAUCCAAACAGUCCUAAAAGUCCGUAUGAAAACGUUACCUCGUCGUACCUCACUUACCCCAUGCCACAGAGUCCACGGACCCGGAUCAAGACCAUUGUGGGUAAAGAAAGAAGUGAAAGAAAAGAUAAUUGUGAAAUCAUAGAAAAUAGAAUGGCCAUAUCUGAUUUCCAAGUGGGAGUGAAUGAUGGAAAGAAAAUACGAAGUCCAAGAACUCAAAAGGAAAGUACAAAAAAUAAAGAAAACUUAAGUCCCUUUUCAAGAUCUGACUCCUCGAGUUCCCUUGAAACUCCAGCUCCUCCUAAACCUCCAAGAUCUCCUAGGAUAGAGAGAUCAGUCUUAGGAGAUUCUCCAACAGUCAACAGAAUGAACAGUGACACGAAACAUUCUUUAUCCAGUCCACAAGUCACUUCAAAUGGAGAGGAUGUAUCAAUGGCAUGUCAAGAUCAUUUUAUUCAAAAUGAAGUGAUAUCAACAAGUACUGAUCAGGCAACGAAUAUACAUGAAAAUAGACAAAGUUUGGUGCAGAAUAAUCUAAAUAACUCCUUAACAAAGAGUAUGUUGGAUCAUUCAGCAGAUUCUUGGGUGUAUGCUAGUCCAGAGAAGAUAGGUAAUGAAGCAACAAUUCCUGCCCAUCAUCAUGAUGAGGGGAGAGGGACCACUACUAAGGUGUUUGAAGAACACCUUAUCAAAAAUAUUCAGGAUACUUUUAACAUUGAUGAUGUGCCAGGGGAGAUAGAGCGUCUCAAGGGAGUCAAGAACGAAGCACUUCAGUCCAUGACAGAUCUCAAACGCACUAUUACCGAUUUAGAAAUUACUGAGGAUGAGGCGCUGAGAGAGCUCGAGGUUGAGAGAGCAUUAUUGGAGGGAGAGUUAGUGCCUCUGAGAGAGAAAAUGACACUGGACGAGGAGAGAUUAUCAGCACUGUUACUGAGAAGUAACGAACUAGAGGAACGUUGUCAGCAGGAGAGACACCAUCACCAUGAAGCUAUUGAGGCAUGUCGAUGUCGUCUGGAAGAGGCAGAGAGAGAACUGGAUCAGCUGGAAGGGAAGAGUGAAAACUUUAACGGAACAACGGACGAAGAGACCGAGAUGCUGGAGACACUGAAAGCCCAGCAUGAGGCAGUUGAAGCGGAACGAAAGUUUUUUUUUUACUAUAUUCGGUGGAAGAAGGCCAAAAAAGUGUUUGAAGACACAGAGUUCCACCAGAUGGAAGCGGAAGCUCAUCGUGAGGCAGAGAGAGAGGAACUCAAUAAGGAGAUUGCCGAGUUGAAAGAGAGGAUGACGAAUCGACGAGAGAAGAUGGCAGAGUUAGAGAAACACAUGUUAGACAUGACAGACUCCGUCAGACAAGAAACAGAAGUUCUUGAGAAAGAACGACAAGAUCUCCUCUCUAAGAUGGCCAAGGAGCGAGGGCACUUGAGUGUUGCAGAACGCCGUCUUGGGGAGCUGACUCGCUUAGGUCUCAUACCCAGCAAUGGCCAGUACUCACCUUGCUCAUCUGACACUGAGGAGAGCGGCGCUGCUGAGUUGGUGGAGCGUUUAUCUCGUUUACACUUCCUGGAUCGAUCCCAAGAGGACCUGGAUCGCAUACACCAGGUUACAUCAUCUACGCCACUUGGAUGCUCAGACGGCUCUCUGGGACGUAAAACUUCAGCAACACUGAUGGAAAUAGAGCAGAACCGUCGACUUCUUCUAGCCAAGCAAGGAACUGUGGUAAUUGAAAAUGAGCGACGGCGAGUAGAAGAGUUAAAGCGAAGAGUUGCUGAUGAAGUCAAAGCUCAGUGGGAAGAAAAGAAAGCCAAAGAACAGCGUGAAGUCAACUGUGCCUCGCUCAACAGUGUUGGCUCCGAUGAUUCCUCCUUGACUUCAUCAGACCUUCACACAGAAAGCUUGUCUAGCGACGAGGUCCUGGAUACACGCAGCAGCGGAGAGUGUGUUGUAAGGGAGGGUCAUCCCCAGGUCAAGAUGCGACAAAGGGAGAGCGAAGUGGCAGCUGGUGGGGAGGACAAUCGACCACUGAGUGAUGCGUCCUCGUGCUGUGAUCCGUCUGAGGCAGCUGUCAAGUUCCGGGAGAAGGCAAGAACUCAGCAAAGACCUUUGACAAGAUACCUGCCCGUGCGUAGUGAACAGCACUUUGACCUCAAACAACACAUCGAGUCUGCUGGCCACCAGAUUGAACUUUGCCCUUAUAUAGUAGUUUCUUCAACUGCGUGCCGAGGUUACCUUCACAAAUUAGGGUCAAAGUUCCGCACAUGGCAAAAGAGAUGGUUUGUGUUCGACCGGUCAAAAAGGGCACUUAUGUAUUACAGCGAUAAGAGUGAAAAUAAGCCACGGGGCGGUGUAUACUUCCAGGCUAUUGAAGAAGUGUAUGUGGAUCAUCUACAUUCUGUCAAAUCUCCAAACCCGAAACUGACCUUCUGUGUCAAAACUUACGAGCGAACGUUCCAUUUGAUGGCUCCCUCCCCAGAAGCUAUGCGUAUCUGGAUAGACAUCAUCUUCACUGGAGCAGAAGGCUAUCAAGAAUUUCAAGGAGGAACCUGAGAAUAAAGAAUAUUCUUUUCACAGAAUGUACAGCUUCUCUUUAGUUUUAUUGGGUGUCCACCAGGAUGCUUAGUAUUGUUCAAUUUAUGACAGGUAUUAUCAUAGCAAAAACCUGAAAUUCAAGUUAACGUGAUUUGUGCCAUUCUCUGGCAGACAGAGGUGAUUGCCUUUUCAGGUCACAACACGUACUAUUCAGUUAUCAGAUUUCUUUGCCAAAUGAAUUAUAUGGCUUCUCUUUCUUACUAAUUGAGAAGAGAUUCUUCUGUACAAGUGUACACAAGUCACAAUACCUGAACCAUGCCCACCAAACCAUACUUUCACAUAGAAACAUUUACUGACAAGAGCUUGAAUGAAAAUAUGUUUACAAAUGUAAGAAUUCUUUAAAAUUGAAAAGGAACACUUGCUUGUGCCUUUACUAUUUUACAUGUAAAAGAAUUUUAAUUAGAAUAUAUGCAAGUUAAAGUACAGUACCUAAUGUAUUUGCUGCUGUUUGAUAUAUUACUGUAGUAAACAAGCCUUGAAAUUUACUUGAAAGAUGCCAGAGAUUAACUACAGUAUUUUUUAUAAUGGAAAACCAUCUCUUUCUGGAGAUAUGUCAGUUCUUAAUGCUUUUACAGUGUCCCUGUACUGUAUUAAGUGUAUUUUUAAUUGAUGUUUUGGUUUGGUCUCAGAGAGCUAUGGCUGUCUGGUGCUACAGUCACAUUUCAUUAGAAUUAAGUUUUUAUAAUGUUGAAGAGGAUUAAUCAUUCACUGAAGCAGCAAACCUGUAGGGAUCAUGCAAUGCCUGCGGGAGUGAGAGGUAAUUAGGCUUGAUCCAAGAAAGGGGAGGGCAGCUCUAAUUCCUUCAAUAUCAAGACCCCUCUUGAUGUGAAAAAGAGGCGCAUGUUUGUAAUCGAGCAUGUUGGUCGCGUAGACGACACAAACAAACGAGUUAUCCCUGUAUUUAUUUUGUAAAGGAUGCUCAUUGACUAGGACAUUUUUAGGUAUAUACACUGUAGGUUUAGUAACUUAAGAAUUUUUAUGUAUGGCAGGUUAAGUAAUGCAUAGGUGAAUGUUGAGCAAUAUUGAAUACUGUCAGAAUUUUUAAAGAUCAACAAAUAUUUGUAAUAGCAGGAGCUGGGAAUGUCCAGCUCUAUUUUAAACAUAUUUGCUUCAUUUCUGUAAAGGAACGCACUUGCUAAAAAUUACUGCAAGCAUUUGCAACCUUCAUAUUGUAACUGGCCCCUGAAAGGUACUUUAAUGCAGGUGACACAUAGGGGUCAUGCAAUGCCUGGGGAAAUGGAAGCAAAUGAGAUUCAAGAAAGAGGACGGGCAGUAGCACCAGGUCUCUGGAUCAAAAGAUUUUCACCAGCAUCAAAGCGCCUACCUGGAAGGGUCCUUAUCUAAGGAACUGAAACUAUCUUCCCCACCCUUCAGCAACCCUGAUUAACUCAAAAUCCUUAGGUGCUAUAUAACCCCCCCCCUAUGGGUUUAGCACUUCCCCUUGAUUGCAUGUGGGAAGUGCUGAACAUAUAGAUGUCACAAGGCACCUGGGGAAUGGCUUGACACAUGGUAAGGGAGGGUAGCAUCAAUUCUUUGGAUCAAGAGUUCUUCACCUUGGUGGACUCUUGAAGUGUUCAAAUCAUUUGCUUAAUAGAAAUGCUUGACGGCAAUAUUUUAUAUCCUGUAUGCUUUACUCUAACCAAUUGAUGUACUGAGGUUCAUGCACACAUGAAGACAAGCCAUCAGGACUUUGUAACUUCAAUAUAAACAUAUUUUUAUGAUGUGAA